UUUUAGAAUGUGCAAAAUCAGUAAGUUUCUAAAAAUGAAGCUUACUCAAUCAAUAUAUGUGGCAACCUUAUGCACAUCAUAUUACAUAAAGGGAAGCGGAUAGUAUGGGUUACAACAGAAUUGAGGUAGUGACUGUUGACAAUAGUUAAGGAUUACAAGAGCCGGGGACACGCAUUUAGCAUCAGUCGUCUGUAUAAUAUCGCCUGGACACUGUUUAUUUAACAGCGGAUGAGAAUUAAUUCAGGACAGUGAAAAGCCAUAAGCAUGAAAAGAAAUUAAAUAUGGAUGAUGAAUGGAGCAUCAAUCAGACACAACAGAGUCAGACAGGCACAUCUAAAUUUAUUGUCCUUGAUUCUCAAGAACAGGCUGACGAAAUACAGGAAAAUUGGCCUGCUCUACAACUUCCAAUGUUUCAGAUGGACUUGCAGUCCAAUAAUAACAUACAGCCAAGCAAGACUAGGCGGUUGGGUCUGAUUGGGGACCUUUCUGAAGAUGAACGAAAAUUAGAAAAUGCUGAGGUGUUAGUGCCAGAUAGUGAGUUUGAGGGGACAAACCUGCACAGACAGAGAAGCUCCAGCAAAGGGUAUAGGUUACCAAG